AUGAUUUUUUCUUUCUUCCCCGUGUUUCCUCCCCAACCUAAACUAUUUCGAUAUACCUACCUUCGAUUUUGUAUCUAUUAUAUUCGAUUUUUCAUUGUUUUUCUUCGUGUGUCAUUCGUAAAAGUAUUUUCCAUCCAUUUAUUUCUCGCUACGCUUAUGUUCUUCUUCUUCUUCUUCUAUGAUAUCGUCUGCUUUCUUUUUAUAUUAAUUCGUUUCCUUUCCUUUUCGUUUCGUCCCAUUUCUUCUUCUUUUUGUUCUUCUGCUUCUUCCUCUUCUACUUCUGCUUCAUCUUUUUUCUCUUCUGAUUCUUCGUUCUCUUCUUUCUCUUCUUCUUCUUCUUCUUCCUCUUCUGCUUCUUCCUCUUCUACUUCUGCUUCAUCUUUUUUCUCUUCUGAUUCUUCGUUUUCUUCUUUCUCUUCUUCUUCUUCUACUUCUUCCUCUUCUGCUUCUUCUUCGUUUCUUCUUCUCCUUCUUUUCUUUCUUUUCUCAUUCUUUUUAUUUCUGUUUUUCUUCGGAGUUUUCUUCCUUUCUUUCUUUCUAUCUUUCUUUCUUUCCUUCUUUCCUUUCCCUAUAAUUCACGUUACCAACAUUUCUUUCUCUUUUUUUAUUUCCUCCCUGCAGUUCUUUCUUUCUUUCUUUCUUUCUUUCUUUUCAUUAAUUCUGCCAUCUUCUUUUGCUUUUCUCUUAAUUUUAUAUUCCCUUUCGAUUUUGAUAUUUAUUUCCCUUUUUUCCUGUCGUUCAUUUCCUUUCUUUCUUUUCUUAUUUCUUAUUUCGUGUUUUUCAAGUUAUUUUUGGCACCUUCACUUUCUAUGUCCUUCCUUACUUUUGUUUGUUUGUUUCUUUCUUUCACAAAUUACAUUUUUUUCUUUAUUUACCUCCUUCAUUCAUUUGGCUUUCUUUCUUUAUAUUCUUUCUUUCUUUAUGGAUAUUUUCCUCAUAUUUCACGUUACCAUCUUUACUUUAUUUCCUUCUUGUAUCCCUCACUCCAGUUCUUUCUUUCUUUCUUUCUUUCUUUCUUUCUUUAUAUUAUUUCUUUCUUUAUCUAUGUUUUCUCCAUAUUUCAGGCGACCACCUUUCUUUUCUUUUUCUUUAUUUCCUCCCUGCCUUUCUUUCUUUCUUUCUUUCUUUUCUUUCUUUCUAUCUUUCUUUCUUUCUUUCUUUCUUUCUUUCUUUCUUAAUCUAUGUUUUCUCCAUAUUUCAUGCUACCACCAUUCCUUUCUUUUUCUUUAUUUCCACUCUGCCGUUCUUUCUUUCUUUCUUUCUUUCUUUCUUUCUUUCUUUCUUUCUUUCUUUCUUUCUUCUAUUUUUCUCCGUAUUUCAGGCUACCACCAUUUCUUUCUUUUUUCUUUCUUUUUUUUCUCCCUUUCGUUCUUUCUUUCUUUCUUUCUUUCUUUCUUUCUUUCUUUCUUUUCUUUCUUUCUUUCUUUCUUUUCUUUCUUUCUUAAUCUAUGUUUCUCCGUAUUUCAGGCUACCACCAUUCCUUUCUUUUUUUCUUUAUUUCCUCCCUGCCGUUCUUUCUUUCUUUCUUUCUUUCUUUCUUUCUUUCUUUCUUUCUUUUCUUUCUUUCUUUCUUUCUUUCUUAAUCUAUGUUUUCUCCGUAUUUCAGGCUACCACCAUUCCUUUCUUUUUUCUUUAUUUCCUCCCUGCCGUUCUUUCUUUCUUUCUUUCUUUCUUUCUUUCUUUCUUUCUUUCUUUCUUUCUUUCUUAAUCUAUGUUUUCUCCGUAUUUCAGGCUACCACCAUUCCUUUCUUUUUUCUUUAUUUCCUCCCUGCCGUUCUUUCUUUCUUUCUUUCUUUCUUUCUUUCUUUCUUUCUUUCUUUCUUAAUCUAUGUUUUCUCCCGCUACCACCAUUCCUUUUCUUUUUUCUUUAUUUCCUCCCUGCCGUUCUUUCUUUCUUUUUUCUUUCUUUUUCUUUCUUUCUUUUCUUUCUUUUCUUUCUUUCUUUUCUUUCUUAAUCUAUGUUUUUUUUCCUUUCUUUUUUUUCUUUUACCACUUUCAUUUCUUUCUUUUUUUCUUUAUUUCCUCCCUGCUCGUUCUUUUUCUUUUCUUUCUUUUCUUUCUUUCCUCUUUUUUUUUCUUUCUUUCUUUUUUCUUUCUUUUCUUUCUUUCUUAAUCUAUGUUUUCUCCGUAUUUCAGGCUACCACCAUUUCCUUUUCUUUUUUCUUUAUUUCCUCCCUGCCGUUCUUUUCUUUUUUUCUUUCUUUCUUUUUUUUUUCUUUCUUUUCUUUCUUUUUUUUUCUUUUCCUUUUCUUUUUUCUUUCUUCUAUGUUUUUUCUCCGUAAUUUGUUUUCUCCGUAUUUCAGGCUACCACCAUUUCCUUUCCUUUCUUUUUUUCUUUAUUUCCUCCCUGCUUUCUUUCUUUUUAAUCUUUUUUUUUCUUUCUUUUCUUUUCUUUUUUCUUUCUUUCUUUCUUUCUUUCUUUCUUUCUUUCUUUCUUUCUUAAUCUAUGUUUUUCUCCGUAUUUCAGGCUACCACCAUUCCUUUUCUUUUUUCUUUCUUUUUUCUUUUUUUCUUUUUUUUUCUUUCUUUUUCUUUCUUUCUUUCUUUUUUUCCAUCUUUUUUUCUUUCUUUCCUUUCUUUUUUUCUCUAUGUUUUCUCCAUUUUUUCUUUCUUUCUUUCCUUUCUUUUUUUCUUUUUAUUUCCUCCCUGCCGUUCUUUCUUUCUUUUUCUUUCUUUCUUUCUUUCUUUCUUUCUUUUCUUUCUUUCUUUUCUUUCUUAAUCUAUGUUUUUCUCCGCUACCACCAUUCCUUUCUUUUUUUUUCUUUAUUUCCUUCCUUCCGUUCUUUCUUUCUUUUCUUUCUUUCUUUCUUUUCUUUCUUUUCUUUCUUUUCUUUCUUUCUUUUCUUUCCCGUCUUAAUCUAUGUUUUCUCCGUAUUUCUUUCUUACCACUUUCUUUUUUUUUUCUUUCUUUUCUUUCUUUCUUUCUUUUCUUUUUUUUCUUUCUUUCUUUCUUUCUUUCUUUCUUUUUUCUUUCUUUCUUUUCUUAAUCUAUGUUUUCUCCGUAUUUCAGGCUACCACCAUUCCUUUCUUUUUUCUUUAUUUCCUCCCUGCCGUUCUUUCUUUCUUUCUUUCUUUCUUUCUUUCUUUCUUUCUUUCUUUACUUUUUCCUUCGUUUCUUUCUUUUAUCCAAUUUCGAAAGUUUCUUAUCUUUACUUUCUUUUCUCAAUUUCUUUAUUUCCUUUGUACAUUAAAUUGUUGCUUCUUUAUUUCAUUCAUUUUCUCUUUUCACGUCUAUCGUUUCCAAUCUAUUUUUCUAUGAAUAAUUUCUUUCCUUUUGGCGUCUUUCUGUUUCAUUUUCCUUUUCAAUUUCUUUUUAUCAUUUGCUUUUCUUUCUUUCUUUCUUUCUUUCUUUCUUUCUUUCUCCAUAUCCAUUGCAAUAUCUUCUUUCUUCUUCUUUCUUUUUAUAUAGACUACCCACAAUGUUUUAGAGUAUUUUUCUUUGUCUCUUUUUUUUUCAUUCUCCCAUUGUGUCUUUCCUUUUUCCUCUUUUUCCUCUCAUUACUUUUUUUUUAA